AUGAGUGGAGCUGCUGCCACCCUGAAGCGUUUAUUAAACCAACUAGAAAAUAUAAAAAACGAAAUUGAAACCAAAAUUCUUCCAGCUGUUGAACGUUUGGAGGAAAUUGAUAGAAGAUUUACUAAACUUUCGAAUUGGCAUAAUAAAAGGCAGAAGGAUGAGCUUGAAUUGAGGGGGUACACUUUUUUGAGUAGGGAGCAGUCUAAAAUGAUAAUUAAUGGAAGAGUGUUGAAUGAAGGAGGUAAUCACUAAAAGUUGCUCAUUUGGGACAAAAAAUGGUAUCUUACAAAGAGCGUAGAUUAGGUGUGAGUAUCGCUCACAUCAUCCAGUAUCUCCCCCAGAUUCAAUAUCUCUCACUGUCAUACAAUAUCUCCCUAUCAUAUCCCCGUAUUUCAUCCUCAUCCAUAAUCUCUCCCCUUUACCCAGUUAACCAGUAUCUCACUCAAUCACCCAAUAUCUUUCUCCCUCGUCCAGUAUCUCUCCUCCGCAUCCAGUAUCCUUCCCACGCAUCCAGUAUCUUUCCCUUGCAUCAAGCAUCUCGUCCCCUCGUCCAUUGGCUAAC